UUACGUAGCGGGCGGGGCCGGAAGUGCCGCUCCCUGGUGGGGGCUGUUCAUGGCGGUUCCGGGGUCUCCAGCAUUUUUCUCGGUUGUAGUGCUGAAUUCGUUCGAAGUGGAGGCAGCGGGGCUUGAGGUGCUUGCUGGUGUGAAAUGACUGAGUACAAACUGGUGGUGGUUGGAGCAGGUGGUGUUGGGAAAAGCGCACUGACAAUCCAGCUAAUCCAGAACCACUUUGUGGAUGAAUAUGAUCCCACCAUAGAGGAUUCUUACCGAAAACAGGUGGUUAUAGAUGGUGAAACCUGUCUGUUGGACAUUCUGGAUACAGCUGGACAAGAGGAGUACAGUGCCAUGAGAGACCAAUACAUGAGGACAGGCGAAGGCUUCCUCUGUGUGUUUGCCAUCAAUAAUAGCAAAUCAUUUGCAGAUAUUAACCUCUACAGGGAGCAGAUUAAGCGAGUGAAAGACUCAGAUGAUGUACCUAUGGUGCUGGUAGGAAACAAGUGUGAUUUGCCAACAAGGACAGUUGACACAAAACAAGCCCAUGAACUGGCCAAGAGUUAUGGGAUUCCAUUCAUUGAAACCUCAGCCAAGACCAGACAGGGUGUUGAAGAUGCCUUUUACACACUGGUAAGGGAAAUACGCCAGUACCGAAUGAAAAAGCUCAACAGCAGUGAUGAUGGGACUCAAGGUUGUAUGGGGCUGCCCUGUGUGGUGAUGUAACAAGCUAUUGCAAAGUUCUGUCAUCAGAAAAGAGCCACUUUCAAGCUGCACUGACACCCUGGUCCUGACUUUCCUGGAGGAGAAGCAUUCUUAUUGCUGUCUUCACUCUCACAGAGAAGCUCAUGCUACUUCCCCAACUCAUAGUAGAUCAGCACAAUAUUCUCUAUUUGAGAAGUUCUCAGAAUAACUACCUCCUCACUUGGUUGUCUGACCAGAGAAAUGCACCUCUCGUUAUUCCCCAGUAGUGUUCUGCACUGGGUCCUCCCCCAGUCCACACAAACACACCUCUGCCACCCCAGGUUUUUCAUCUGAAAAGCAAUUUAUGCUCUGAAACAGAACCAAACUGUAGACAUAAAAUUCUGUUGAAAACAGUGUUGGGCUCUAACGUAGCAACUGCUGGUGAUUUUUCUUCUUUUUACUAUUAAACUUGGAACUAUGUUAGUUUGUAGAGAAAUGUCAUAAAUUACUGUUUGCCAAGAAUAUAGUUAAUGUUGCUGUUUGGUUUUUUUAAUAUUUCAGCUAUAUUCUAUUAACUGGCAUCUGCUCUGCAUUCAUAAAUACAAAAGUGAAUACUGACUUCUGAGUCUAUCCUAGUCUUCUGAACUUUCAUGAAAUUAAAUCCAACUCUCACAACAAAGUGCCUUUUUCCUAAAAGUGAUUUGUAAUUCCUUUACAGUGUUUCGGUGGAAUAGAUGACCCAAACAUAAAAAUUAAUGUCUGAGAAAUGUCUAUGACCUAUCUACCUUUGAGAGAAAGAUAACUGUAUGAUAGCAGAUGCCAUUUCUGACAUGUAUGAAGAUGAUUUUCCAGAGGCAUGUUUUUAGGUUCUCCCAGGAGAAAGAUGAACCUGGAAACAAUUAUGAAUAAUUUCACUUAAUUUUUACCUAAUCUCUACUUUUUUGUAGGUUACUACCUGUAAAAUGUAUGUAAUUUGUUUCUUCUAGUUUACUGAUAACUUAAUGUUCAAUGAACUUCCAUUUGUAUUCAAAUUUGGGUCAUGCCAGAAAAUUCUGCAUUUAUAGACGUUCAAACAUUGUAAAAAUGUGAUGUGGUGUUAUUUAGUAGCUGUAAUCAAUGAUUCUUAAACCUCAGAUACAAUAUAUUAACAGGCAAAUUGCAUUUUCAUUGCAUUUAAUAGUUUAAUGAAGCAUACAGUUUUCCUCAAUCUUCUCACCUCACCCUCUGCCCCUUUUUCCACAGCAACAGGAGAUGAAGUUUUUCAGUGGAGUAAAGCAUGGUGCUGAUGACCAAGGUCACAGUUUCAAAACUUGAAUGAACCAUUUAGCAUCACCAAGAGAGAAAUCCUUCCACAUCUGCUCCCAUACCAGUAAUUCCAGCUCCUAGCUUUGCUGGAUUCCUGCUGUUAGUCCUGUAAGGAAACAAGAAGUGAGUUAGCAUGAGUCCUUUACCAUGGCUGGAAAAAGCGUAGUAUCCCAGGGCAGGUCAGUUUAGAAGUCUUUAUAAAGUAUUUAGACCCAGUUUUUAGCCACAUGGAAACUCUAAGGCAAUAUGUUUUCUCAUUUCGUUAAGAAUGAGGAUGCCGCCAAUGAAAAUUUUUUUUAAUUUUCCUUUUUCAUAAUGUUCUUUGGAGUGUUUGAAACAGAAUGUUGAUAAAUUUACCUGUGCAUAGCAGAUAAUGAGACCUGAUGCGUGUAUUCAAAAUAAAAAGUAACUUUGGAUUGAACCUGCUGUUUGAGAAAGGAGUGAAAAAUACAAUGAAUUGUUUUGAGGAUUCAGAGGCAUGGCAUUUCUGUUUGCAGACAGUUUGCUAGUAGUUCUAAUGAGAAACAGACUUGGAUAACUUUUGAUAAAAGACUAAUUCCAGAAAGGCCGCUUCUGCUCUGGUAUUCUAAAGUCUCCAUACUUACUGAGGUCCCUCAUCCUCUAAUACAAAUGUUCACUUACUAAGCAAACACAUAUCAUUGAAAUGAAUUCAGAAGAGGGACAGAGACAUAUACCAAGCCCAGAGUCUGAUAAACCCAGAGAGGUGUGCUCCUUACAGCUCAUUUACAGUACUGCCGUCAUGUGUAAACAAAAACUGCUUCUUUGAUUGUGCUCCUGUUAGAGCAUUGCUCUGUAAUUUUCCUGAGGCUAGAUCGAGGCUUACCACCUCAGCUGUGUUCUUUUUUUCUAAGUGUCUGUGUGACUGGCUAUGUGACUCUUUUUCUAAAAAGCUUCUAUCAAAUUUAAUGUCAAAUUACAGGGAAAGAUAGUUACCCAUUUGGGCUCUUGUAUGUAUGCACCUUUACAGUUUUCUUUCUAAGCACAGAAGUAUCAAAAAGAAGCCAAAAUUCAAACCUGAAAAUGCUCUUCAUAACUUCCUAAGAAGUAAUACUUAGGUAUGAAUUUUGGCACAAUAGAGUGACAAACUGAGAGUUAAGAGCUGAAUAAUUAGUGUGGUAUAAAAUGUGGUUUUUAGAUUUAUGUUUGUAAUUGCUGAAAAUAAUUCUAAUUUACCUCAAAAAUCUCAAAGUCACUUUCCCCAAGUUAAGUGCCUGGCCAGCUGUCCUAAAUUGCAUAUUGCUUUGUUUUUUUAUUUUUAUUUUUUUAAGGUUGCACCUUCAGGAGUGUGAAAAUAAGAUGUUCUGUCCAAAGGCUACUAUGCCUGAUCUAUAAAUGAAUCUGUUAAAUCUUGUAUAAGCUCCAGCAGCUUACUAUAGAAUUUUAACUUAGUAACACAAGAUAAUACUUAUUACAGUUUUCACUUUAGGAGUAUUACAAGUAAAAUUAAUCACAAAUUUAUUUUAGUGGGUGCCAUGUUUAGUAUUUUAUCAGCCUUUAAACUGCUGUGAAUUUUUGUCAUGACUUGAAAGCAAAGAUAGACCAAACCUUUCGAGAGAGAUUUUGAUUUUUUCCCAUUCCAGAAUUUGUGGACAUAAUCGUAUUUUGCUUUGUAUUUACAGUCAUGAACUCUUAAGCUGGCAGCUAAAUCCAAGAACCAAAACAUGGUGCAUCUGCUUCUUGUAAUUCAUCUCUGCUAAUAAAUUAUAAGAAGCAAGAAUAAUUAAUUAGGGAAAACACAAACAAGGGGACUAUAAUUCUUGUACAUUAUUUUUCUUCUUUGCUAUUUCUUUAAGCAGUCUAAUGUGCCACAAAAAAUUUUUUAAGGUAUUUGUUUUCUAUAAGAAUUGUUUUUAAAAUGUUCUUAUCAUCAGAGUAGUUGUAGAUAUAUUUCAAAAUGUAAUUGAUUUUGAAAAGCCUGAGUACUGACCUAAAACAAGUAUAUGAACUCUACUCUGAAGGGAAGGGAUGGGUGUCAAUGGGAGUUUUAUGACAUUUAUAUUUCUUUGUCAUCAUAUAUGAGUAAAAAUAUCAGUUGUGCAAUUCUGCUGUUUAAAAUGAGAGUUAUUGGCCUCCUUGGCCCUAAAUGAAAGGUUGGUUAUUUUAUUGUAAAUUAAGCCAUCCUAAUUUGUUUUAAAUUUGGUUGAAUGUCUUUCUUGUUAAAUAAUGCUUAAAAAAUAAAAACUGGAAGUUC